GGAGGAAAGUUUUCUCAGACGGGACAGCGUUGCCUAGCAGCUGGGCAGAGGACUCCUGCUACUUGCCUUUAUACAGUCACCCGCAUAUCGAGGAAGAGCGGAUAUCUCCCCUCUCUGUCGCCCUCUUGCAGUCCAUACUGACAAACAUGACCCAGACCGUGACACUAAAGGGACCCUCUCCGUGGGGCUUUCGGCUGGUGGGAGGACGGGACUUCAGCACACCGUUAACCAUCUCCAGGGUAACACCAGGCAGCAAGGCAGCCCAAGGUGACCUGUGUCCAGGCGACACCAUCUUGGCUAUCAAUGGUGACAGCACAGAGCUCAUGACACACAUGGAGGCUCAGAACAGGAUCAAAACCUGCACUCAGCAGCUCACACUUAACAUCAGCAGGUCGGGAUCAGGAGACAGAGUGUGGUCGCCAACAGUUAGUGAAGAUGGCAAGACAAGCCCUUACAUGGAGCCUGACUCACAGAAUUUCCGUCCCAUCACCAGUGGAUAUGUUGGCUCCAGUCGCAAACCUUCAUACACCCCUGAACCCCAGAGCCCACAGGCUCCUCAGUAUCAGCAGGUUCCCCAUUCCCCGCAGGCUCCCCAGCCCACUCACCUGAAUAACGGACACGCCAGACCCAACAACGGCCACAGCUACGGAUACGGAAAUGGAACCGGGCACGCUCAGUACAACAACCCAGCAGGACUUUAUUCCCACAACGGCAGCAACGGAGACAGAUCUCUGCCAAGCAAGAUGGGAGGGCUUAGCCUCAGCGCCACACAUAGCCCAGAGCCUCCAACACACUCCCCUGUGGGCCGUAAUGGUUUCGACCCACGCUCAGAUGUCUACAAGAUGCUGCAGGACUACGAGGAGCCUGCCUCUGCACCCAAACAGUCCGGCUCCUUCAAAUACCUGCAGGGAAUCCUGGAGGCUGAGGAUGGAGGUGUGUCCCCAACAGAGAGAAUGAGAAACUUAAAGUCUCCAAUCAGGUCUCCAAUUCCCAAACUGGGAAGCCCCAUCCCCAUACCCAGCCCCAUGUCUGGUCUGCAGAAGUUACCCCAGUGCACACGCUGCUGUAAUGGCAUUGUUGGCACCAUCGUGAAGGCCAGAGACAAGCUCUACCACCCCGAGUGCUUUAUGUGCGAUGACUGCGGCAUCAACCUCAAGCAGAGAGGCUACUUCUUCAUUGAGGACAAUCUGUACUGUGAGACCCACGCCAAGGCACGCGUCCAGCCCCCAGAGGGUUACGACGUUGUUGCUGUUUACCCCAACUCCAAGGUGGAGCUCGUCUGAGAUGGAGAAGAAGCUGGCUAUACUCUAAUAUAACUGGGAAACUAAAAUCUGGGAGAAGGGGCUACUGAGUAUCGUGGCCUACAUUUAUCAGGCUCUGUCAAGCAGGAAUGCCGAUCUUGGAUCAGUUUUGCCUUUGAGAGAGCCCUAUGAAAUGUGUGUUUCAGUGAUCCAAGAUCAGCAUGUCUCCACUGACAGUCUUGAUAAAUGGGUAUAUUGAGCGCCUGAAAUACGUUGACAGAUAUCAGAAAUACUCAAACCCAUUACAAAGCUGGCAUUAUAUGUCCCAACUUUACAGCCGUCAUCUCUCAAUCAGUGUUUACAUUGUCUUCAUCUGAGUAAAAAAUACUGAAGCAGUUAAGGUCAUGUUCAGAUAUGACCUUGAAAUCCACAUAACAAGCACAGAAUAUUACCAGAAUAUUCCACGAGACAAGAAAUGCACAGAUAACAGAGUAAGAUGUCUCUGCAGUUUGAAAUGACUACACCAGUAUACCACAGCUAUCUGACUGUGUAACAAUCAGCACAUGAGUUUAAUACCAGCAUAAUAUUCAACGUCCCAUGACAACCCUCACUCAAGCCUUAAAAUAACUACACUAGUGUGUGUGUGUGUGUGAUAUGGGUUAUCACAAGAGAAUUUUAAGUUGAUUAGUGUAAUGAACUUUGCAGAGAAGUCAGAGGUUUUUCUACCUUCUAUUUUUUCAUUUAACUAUUAUAAGGACAGUUUCCCAUGCAGCAAAGCACACUACAAGUCAGCCAAAUGAUAUGUUGUUUUAGUUUCGGUAAAGGGUUUAAAAGUUUCAAUGUAUUUUUAACUAUGUUACAGUUACACAUUAUACUCCUGUUGCAGAUGGACUUCUGCAUUUUAUAAUUUACAUCUAUACAGUUCAUUUUUCAGACUUUCUAUGUUCAUUUCUACAAACAUUUCUGUUUGACAGACACUUUUUCUGCCUACUUUUCAGUUAUGGGAAACAAUAAGCAAUAAUUCAUUAUAAGCAGAUCUCUUAACAAGUGUAAUUGUGAGUUUCUGGAAUGUGUUUCAGUAUGCCUUGGUGAAUGGGGUUACCGAACUAUAAGUUAUAGUAAACGCCUCCGUAUGCAGCUAUCAAAGCACUUCCCUCUGAAAUGUAAAUAAAACCCAGCAGGUGACAUCCUCAGAGUCAUGUGACGAGCUACACUCUUAGAAAUAAGGGUUCCAAAAGGGUUCUUACUGAGACUAAUGCUUCAGUUGAAAGUUGAAGAAGGGUUCUUGGUAAGACUAAGGGUUUCAUUAAGGCGCCUUUUUAUCCAAAGAAUCCUUUUUGAAAGAAAGACUUCUUCAAGGACUGUUGAAAGAUCCUUAUACUCAAAUCUGGAAUCCCCAUAAUCAGCUCAUUUUACUUGUGUUCUGCCAUAGUGGAUGUCUUCACCAUCUUUUUAUGCCAUACAAUAUGGCAUGGUCUGGCAAAAUCCAUUUUUCAUGUGUACCCAGUACUUGGCCUUUUGUAAUCAUUUCCAAUUUGGAACCUGGUUUUGGUUCCUAACCCUGCGCCACUGAAAUAAUAAAGGCUAUAGUAGUUGUGAUCUCACGAAAUCUCCACCCCCUAAAAACAUGAUUAUGAACCCUGACGGCUGUGGGCUGUGCUCGACCACAUCAGCCCAAAGCAGAUGGACGCAGUUCCUUUGGCCCCCAGACUAACCUGUUUAACUAAAACCAUCAUUAGUGGGAGAAAGAUUUAUGGGAAAUGUAGUCAGUUACUGUUUUUAGAGCCUUGCUGGGCGUGUUCUUGGUAAAACCCUUGGAAUAUAAUAGGGUUUUCAGUAGAAACCCUUGGGUGGGUUCUUGUUAGCACCCUUAGAAGGUUCUGAAUCCCAAGAGAGGUUUCUGGGUGGAACCAUUAUACCAUAGAAAGGUAGAACCUCUCAUAGGGAUUUCUGCACGGAAGCUUUCACAGAUGGUUCUAGGUAUAACCCUUAUAGGGACAAGCUGAAGAGCCUCUAUGCUUUUAGGUAACAACUUUAUUUCUAAGAGUGUAUAGAACAUUGUCAAAAUCAGUUCAAAGAAUUUCUCCCAGAUGUAAUCACAACAACCUCAAUUUAUAAACAACUAAUUGCAAGAAACGAGACUUUAAUGAUGACAUGAUUUCGCCUAAUGCAGUGCAUGCAAGCAUUGAUGACAUUUUGAUACACAUCCACACAAGAUUGUAACUGAAGUGCUCUCCAGCACCUGACUGUGAGAGGAAUUUCAACUCUCACUCAUGUUCACACUGAGGAAUUCCAGUUCAUAAAAACAAGAGCACGGGGUUCACGGGGUCUGUUUAUCGAAAACACUCCAUUUUGACACCAAUAUGCUCUUCGCCUCGCAUGACAACUUUUAAAAAAUGGUCAUGUGCAUUUGAGACUGGAGACACGGCCGUGGAAAACUGUCCACAGCCUUCAACAUGUGGGAGUAAUAUUCACCUUGUUUAGCUUUUUGGAGCCACAACAUAGAUACAUUACAGUUCCUCUUUGGGAGAGAGAAAAAGACAGAAGUUGGAGGGAUGCAUAGCUGUAUUCCCCUCCUACUAUAAACUCAAAUUGUCUGCUCACAGCCAAGUCCAUGAAGCAAAUGAAAUAUACUUCUACAUUUCCUCAGAGAGAGGGGGAACACAAAGGGAGGGAGACGAGAAAGAGAAAUGACAGGACAGCAUGUAUUUUAUUUUCUUGACAGAAAUUCUUUGUGGAAGAAAGAAGCGUGUCAUUAUGACUCCAGUAUGUGGCCAUUAGUCUUGGCUUAUUGUGAAUAGUGAAGUAAAGUGGUUGGAGAAGAGUGAUUGUAUUCUUAAUUAUAGAAAUGUUUCUAACAAAACUACUUUUUUUUUAUUUGAAAUGAGAAAAUAAAUUUUGCAGUGCUCGUUCUUUUCUGUUCUUUUCUAUCAACGGUGAUGUGUAGCUGCUGGUAUGCCAUCUAUACUAGUUAUCUUGUAAAUUAUGUGAAAAUUAUAUUGCUACCACGUUUCUUUGGUAUUGUACAUAUUUGUUUAAUCGUGAUUCCUUUAACAUACAGUGCGUAACAUGUUACACACGUGCCUUUGCAUACCCUUUGUCUUUAAAAUGAUUUCCUUGACACAAAUCUUCUUCUUGUGUUUAACUUAUUGUUCUACCAACACGUUUUUGUUUUUGUUUUUUUUUGUUCUGGAGCUUCUUUGUUUCUAGGAUCUAAAUAAAAUAAGAAGUGCAUUACCAUGA